AAAGGUGUAAGUCAGGGUAUGCAGGCUGUGUGUGCGUAUGCCUGCAGUGCUAGCAGCACCAGCACCUUUCCUCAACAAACCAUACUGAGGGCUGUCACAAUCAGUCAGCCUGGGUGAUCAGUUCUAUAAGGAGGCUAUUGAGCACUGCCGCAGCUACAAUGCCCGUCUGUGUGCAGAGCGCAGCGUGCGGCUGCCCUUCCUCGACUCCCAGACCAGGGUGGCACAGAACAACUGCUACAUCUGGAUGGAGAAACGCCACCGGGGACCAGGGUUGGCGUCUGGACAGAUGUACACGUACCCGGCUCGCUGCUGGAGGAAAAAAAGACGAUUGCACCCUCCUGAAGACCCCCAGCUCCGCCUCUGUGAGCUCAGACUGGAGGGAGAGCUGCCUCAGAGGAAGGAGGGCCAGUCGGCUGAGGGGACCACAUUGGAGGCCCUGCUGAGGGGAGAGGGGCUGGACAAGAACAACUCCAAGGACGAGGAGAGCCUGCUAGAGAUCCAGAGGGUUCUGGAGGCUGAUGAGAACGGAGAUGGUUACCAUGACGACGAUGAUUUUGAAGUUGACACUCCAAAGCGAAAACACAGGACCAAAGGACGAGGCCGUGGCUCGGGCAGGAGAAGGGUGGAGGCUGCAGUCAUGGAGGACCAGGACAAGCCCUACGUGUGUGACAUCUGUGGGAAGCGCUACAAGAACCGCCCGGGUCUCAGCUACCACUACGCCCACACCCACCUGGCAGACGAGGAGGGGGAGGAUGAGAGAGACGAGGAGCCAGCCCGCUCCCCGCCAGCCCCCAAACGCACUGACAACCACAAACCUCAGAAGGGCCCAGACGGGACCAUCAUUCCCAAUAACUACUGUGAUUUCUGCCUGGGGGAUUCUGGCUCCAACAGGAAGACUGGCCACGCGGAGCAGCUUGUCUCCUGCUCUGACUGCGGGCGAUCUGGCCACCCCACCUGUCUGCAGUUCACUGUGAACAUGAUGCAGGCCGUGCACACCUACCAGUGGCAGUGCAUCGAGUGCAAAUCCUGCAGCCUGUGCGGCACCUCUGAGAACGAUGAUCAGCUCCUGUUCUGUGAUGACUGCGACCGUGGAUACCACAUGUACUGUUUGAAACCCCCCAUGAUCCAGCCUCCUGAAGGGAGCUGGAGCUGCCACGUGUGCCUGGACCUGCUGAAGGAGAAAGCCUCAGUCUUCAAUGAGCAGCCUUAGACACGGAGAAGACCACUGCAGCCAGUGCUACCCAGGGGCGGGGCGACCCUCCACAUCAAGCAUUCCACUGCAGCACUGGCAGCACGCUCGCUGUAAUAAGAGCAUCUCUCGUACACAGCUGCUUCACCCUGUCCAUCCUGAUUCUCAAGCCACUCUCUCAGGCUGCUAUCCAACUUCAUUCCAGUGCUGUCUGCCCUAACCCUGGCUUCUGAGGUUCAGUUUGAAUUCUGCCAUCUAGUAACACAUAGCCCAUUAGGAAUGAAGAAAAUAACACCAUUAUACGAGAACAUAUUUUCCACUUAGGAAUCACCAGACCUACAAUUUUCUGCUGUUUUCUCGUUUCAAUCUUUACCUUUCAAACUUUUGCCUGCAUUUUACAAGUUUGAGUUUUUCCUGGCCUACAUGAUCUGCUGUAACUAACUCUGUUCACUACUCUGUAAGGUUAAUGUCUAAUAAUGGUGAAACAGCAUGACCGUUCUUCUUAAUACGACUGUUAGGAGAUCAUUCGCACUUUACCACUACGAGGGUGGAGUCUACCUCAUCCACUUAUAGGAGUAUAAAAGUCCAACCUCAUUUCAACAAAGACUUUGAAAAUUACUUUGUCAAAACCUUUGCCGUUGUAUUUAUGAAGUUUCUAUUAGUAAUUAUAAUAGUGACUGGAAAAAGUAUUCAAACCGCACUGCUGGUUUGCGGUGCUUGGGUAUGGGAUGGUUAUUGCCUGUUUUACACCUCUUGGACUGUUUGCUCAAUAACUAUCUUAGUAUCCUUAAUAAGACAAAAUAUAGGAUUGAUGACUGCAAAGACUUUAUGACAGUACAAUAUUUAAGACAAACUGUCUUGGCAGUCACCAUUGAAGAAACAAUUUUUGGGGGGUAAAAUUAUAAACAAAUAUGUACUAUUUUUUAGGACGUGACAGUUAUUUAUUUAGGGGUGUCUGAGACAAAUGUCCCUCCCUCAAACAUUGCCAUCCAGCACGGGUGGUUGAAUUCUUUUUUGAGUCACUGAACUAUGACAUUAACAAAAAAAAAAAAAAAAACAUCUUAAAGACUUUUGCAAACUGUAAAACUGCCAAAACACAAUUAUUGUGCAUUUUGUAAUUUGGUACUUAUGUACAUAGAGUUGCCAUUAACAUAUCAUAAUUGAAAUUGAAUUCCAGACCCAGACACUUCUUCAUUUCAGGUUUUAAAAGGCUGCUAUCUGCUCUCGUAUACAAUCUCUCAGCCUCUGCUCCAUCACUGCCUCUGGUAUGACUGUCAAAAACAUUCCUCUCUGCUUAUUCUAACCCUGUUGCAAUAAAACCGCUCUUCUUGCCAACUUCCAUGUCUCGGGUAUAAGGCAGAUAUACAUUCCAUUGUGGGACUAGAAGACGAACGAUUCCCUGUAGCUUUCAGAGAACAGAGGGUGAACAACAAUGUGCGUCUUGAACAUUAAAGGAGUGCUGCUAACCAAAGGGUUAAAAAUAAUUUUCUUACCUUUUUAUUAAUGACCCACAUGUCCACUGGCCUGUAUACCUCGAGUGCAGAAGCAGUAUUUCAGCUUUGUAUGGUAUGGUAUUUGAAAAAUGGUAAAAUUUAAAGUAAAAAAAGAUCUUUAGGAGUAACAAGUUGGGGACCAAUGAUAAUGCUGCAGGAGUUUUACAGUGGAUUUUAAAGCUUGGAAUAGGACUCCUUUGACACAUGUUGUAAAUGCUGCCUUGGGUUUGAAUAAUAACCCCCUGUGAUUCAGUGAGGAUAUGUGGGGAAAAAACAACCAAGAUCUAGAGAUACAAGUCUUGUGAUCUCAGCAUUACAGAACUGAAAUAGAUUAUUUUCUUAACACUAAAAACUGAACAGAUAGUAUUAUAGGCCAAUUCUUUUAUUCCAACACUGAAAACCAAAAGUGCUUUUCCAGGAUUUCAGGACUUGUCCUGGAGGGCCAGAUCACUUCCAGGAUCCUGUUUUUACUUUUUUUUUUUUUUGUUGGCAGCAGGGGAUUCCACUGCUGCUGUGUAACCUUGGUGCUAAAUCUUGAAUUUCACCAACAUUAAGGAUGGAUCA